UACAAUAAGAACAUCACAAUCAUUAUGCAUUUUGCAUACAUCAUCAUUAACCUCACACAAAUUUUCUUUUUUUUUUUAAAAAAAUAAAAUUAUUGCACACUACAAUCCAAGUAUAAACUAGCCCCUCACAUGUGGACACACCUAAAUUAGCAAACUAUUCCAUUAUUCAUUAAUUACAAAUAUCAAUUCCAGAAUUUACAAACGGUGGAGUAUUCAUCACUCGUAUAGUCAUUCUCUCCCAUUUCAAAAUCUCUUUUUUUUUGUAUAUCAACUCUUUUGUUUCCUGCUCUUUCUGUCACACUCGAAUCACUAUUUGCCUCCUUUUCGUUUUUUGCCUUCUUCUCUAUCAAAUAAUUCAAAUGGCCUAAAAAAAAAAAUCGUAACUUUAUGUGAUUAUUAUUAACCACAUUAAAACUGUUUUUUCCUCGGAUAAACAACAAGGGAAAUGGUGUUUGGAUUCGAACACAAGAUGAACUUUUGCUGUCUUUAUGAAAAACGCAGUUCUGGGAUCCUGUUUCUGAUUGAAUUUCUUUUAUGCAUUACGGUGAUCACAACACCAUUUACCACCGCAUUAAGAAGGGACGCCGUCGUUCUGCUUCAAGUGAAGAGCUCUCAACUGCAAGAUCCUGAUGGCCGGCUUUCCGACUGGAAAUUGUCUGCUCCAAAUUCCCCCUGCAGUUGGACCGCCAUCCUCUGCGACAACAAGACCAACGCCGUCGUUUCCAUUCAAGUUCCGAGCUUUGGUAUCUUAGGCAACUUCCCGUCGGAUUUCUGCCGAAUUCAAACUCUCCGGACACUGGACCUUUCCGACAACUACCUCGGUGGGACGGUUUCUUCGGAGGCGCUUUCCCUCUGCUCUCAAUUGAACUUCCUUAAUUUGUCGUCUAACUUGUUUGUCGGCAACUUGCCGGAGCUCCGAACGGCCUUCGCCGACCUCACCACGUUCGACCUUUCAUUGAACAAUUUCACCGGCGAGAUUCACCGGAGUUAUGGGUUCCAGUUACCUAAGCUUCAGGUACUCCGUCUUCUCUCCAAUUUUCUUAACGGGUCGAUCCCGGGUUUCAUCUCCAACCUUACUGAGUUGACUCGUUUAGAAAUCGCCAGUAACCUUUUUUCCCCGAGCCCACUUCCGGCCGACAUCGGCCGCCUCACCAAACUUGAGAACCUCUGGUUUCCAGGUUCAAAUAUCACCGGAGUGAUUCCGGAAUCAAUUGGGAACCUCACAUCUCUCACGAACCUCGACCUUUCCUACAAUUCCCUCACCGGAAAGAUUCCCGAAAGUCUCGGUUCACUGUCGUCGGUGGUACAAAUCGAGCUUUACGGUAACAAUCUUUCCGGCGAAAUCCCAGAUGUGUUUGCCAAUCUCACUUCGUUAGUUAACUUUGACGCUUCGCAGAACAAUCUCAACGGAAAAAUUCCUGAGAGUCUCACUGGUUUAGCUUUGGAAACUUUGAACCUUAAUGACAACAAUUUGGAAGGCGCAAUUCCACAAAAUUUAGCCCUCAAUGAAAAACUUUCCCUGCUUAGACUCUUUAAUAACAGGUUAUCGGGUCAUUUGCCGGAGAAUUUGGGAAUGAAUUCGGGUUUGAAUGAGUUUGAUGUUUCAGGGAACUUCCUAGAUGGUCCAUUGCCUCCAAAUCUUUGUCUGAAGAAGCAGCUUGAGAUCUUGAUUUUGUUCAAUAACAACUUCUCAGGUUCAAUCCCUGAUUCCUACGGGGAAUGCAGUUCCCUAACUCGUGUUCGUAUUUCCAACAAUAAGUUGUCCGGGGUUAUACCGCCCAAUUUCUGGGGUUUUUCUGGUCUCGACAUGUUAGAAAUCAGCAAGAAUAAUUUUGAGGGUGUAAUUCCUCCCACUGUUUCAAAUGCCCGCGAACUGACGGAGUUUUUGGUGGCUGAUAACAACUUUAAUGGCCCUGUACCUGGUGAAAUUUGUGUCUUGGAAAAACUAGCAGUAGUUGAUCUCAGCAGAAAUCAGUUCUCUGGAGACUUGCCUUCUUGCAUGACCAAACUGAGCAAAUUACUCAAGCUUGAUGUUCAAGGGAAUCAUAUUACUGGCCAAAUUCCUACUGAUCUUACAGCUGCUUGGCCUGAUCUAACAGACUUGGAUUUAUCAGGGAAUCAGAUUUCAGGUACAAUUCCUUCUGAGCUAGGGGGGUUACCCGUGUUGACUUAUUUAGAUCUUUCUGAUAAUUUACUUACGGGUGUUAUUCCUGAUAACUUGUCAAAGCUCAAGUUGAAUAAAUUCAAUGUGUCGAAUAAUAGGCUCGAGGGUAGAGUACCACCUUCUUUUGAUAAAGGAUGGUUUGUUUCUAGCUUGUUGGGUAACCCAGGUUUGUGUAGUCCUGAUCUUAAACCUUUUCCUUCGUGCAAUAAGAGAAGGGCUACAAGCAUGAUUCUGGUGGGGAUUUUAUCAGGGUUGUCUGCAAUUCUGGUAAUAUCAUUGCUCUGGUUGGUGAUCAAGUCCAGGAAGUUGAAUUUAUUUAGAAGCAAGAGCAAGAGGUCCUGGAAAAUGACUUCAUUUCAAAGGUUAUGGUUCAAUCAGGACGACAUUUUAGCCUUCUUGAACAAGGAUAAUCUUAUUGCAACGGGUGGUUCAGGUCAGGUAUAUCGGGCUGUACUUAAGAAUGGCCAGAUUGUUGCAGUAAAGAGACUAUGGGAAGCUAAUCGCGGGCCAGAAUCUGAAGAGGUGUUCUAUUCAGAGGUUGAGACCUUAGGGAGAAUUCGGCAUGACUGCAUUGUGAAAUUGUUGUUCAGCUGUUCUGGAGCUGACUUUAGAGUAUUGGUUUAUGAGUUCGUGGAGAAUGGGAGUUUGGGAGAUGUACUGCAUGGGGAGAAGGGCGGUGUGUUGCUGGAUUGGCCGAGGAGGUUCAAGAUUGCCAUGGGGGCAGCCCAAGGUCUGGCUUAUUUGCACCAUGAUUGUGUGCCUGCAAUUAUACACCGGGAUGUGAAGUCCAAUAACAUCUUGUUGGAUGAAGAAUUUAGACCCAAAGUUGCAGAUUUUGGUUUGGCCAAAAGUCUGCUGAAGGACAUGGAGGAAGGUAGUGAAAUGUCAAAGGUUGCUGGCUCCUACGGCUACAUAGCUCCAGAGUAUGGAUACACAAUGAAAAUCACAGAGAAGAGUGAUGUGUACAGCUUUGGAGUGGUUCUAUUGGAACUAAUAACUGGGAAGAGGCCGGUUGACCCGUAUUUUGGAGAAAGCAAAGACAUAGUGAAGUGGGUAACAGAGGUGGCAUCAUCUAUUCCAGAACAAGGGGGUGCAAAUGAAAGUGUCGGCAUUUGUGACGAGUUUCUGGAUCAAAUCAUAGAUCCGAGGAUGAAACCUUCUACAUCUGAGAUGCAAGAGAUUAAGGUUGUUCUGAACGUAGCUUUACAAUGCGUGUCUUCUCUUCCCUUGAGCAGGCCUUCCAUGAGAAGAGUUGUGGAGCUGCUCAAGGACAAAUCCAGGACUCGUUCCAAGUAAUGUACAUAGAUAGAUAACAAUGUAGAACUUUGUCGUAAUAGGUUUGUGCAGUAGGCAGUCCUGGAGAAAUCCAUUCCAGUUUUGUUCUAUUGGAAAAUAAACGAUUCAUCAGCUCAUAGCUAGCUGAUCCUGUUUUCAAAUAGAAUCACGCAAUAUCAAUACAAGAAUCAUUUCCUCCGGUUCUAAUUAUAAGACAAAAUUUUUUUAAAAAAUGUGCAACUUAUUUGGAAUCGCGUCUUAUAAAUUGGAUCGGAGGAAUAGUGGCACAACAAGAGAUGCUCAUGAGCAGCGCCCUACAUUUUCCAUUACUCUGUCAACACUCGGCUUUUUUUACUAAUGUAGAAUUACUAUUCUGAAUUUCUGAUUAUUUGAACUUGCCUUUUUGCCUUGUAGGAAUCGAAUAU